AUGAAUUCUCGUGGCCCAUUAGGAACCUCUCAAGGAGGAAUUAAUGCUAGGAUGCCACCCAAAAAGCCUUCUGUUGGUCAGAAAAAACCUCUUGAGACAUUAGGUUCUUCACCUCCACCACCAAGUAAGAAGCAAAAAGUAGCAGGGAAUUCUAUGGAUCAAAGUAUUGAACAGCUCAAUGAUGUUACUGCAGUCAGUGGUGUUAAUCUCAGGGAAGAGGAAGAACAAUUAUUCUCUGGGGCCAAGGAGGAUGCUCGUGUUUCCGAAGCAUCUCGGAGAGUUGUGCACGAAGAAGAAGAAAGAUUAAUCUUGCAUAAAACUCCGCUGCAGAGAAAACUGGCGGAAAUUAUGUGUGGAGGAAAGGAUGCGAGGAUUAUUAUCCCAUAUAAUUCGGUUGUCAAAGCAGGUGAUGGUGGAGUUGACAGUGAGAAGGAGAAAGACGAUAACCGUUCAAAGGGUGUGAAGGUAAACAAGGAGGAUGAUGACAAAAUGAGAACGACAGCUGCAAAUGUGGCUGCUCGUGCUGCUGUCGGAGGAGAUGAUACAUUUUUAAAAUGGCAAUUAAUGGCUGAAGCUCGUCAGAAAUCUGUGUCUGAAGGUGGUAAAGAUGGGAAUCAGAAAGCUACUUCAGGUGGAGGAAAUAACUCUAAGGACAGGCAAGAUGGUGGACGACGGUUUUCUGGAAAUGGUGGUCGAAGAGUAGGGAAAAACCAAGGUUCGUCUCCUCAACCAAAAGUGGUACGGACAAUCACUGUGAAGGAUGUGGUUGCUGUUUUGGAGAGAGAGCCGCAGAUGUCCAAAUCCACUUUAAUGUAUCGAUUAAUUCAAUAGAAAAGCAGAAUCAUUAUUAUUUAUAUAAGCUUCUGAUGAUAAUUUAAUCGUCAAGGCCCAAGUGAUUUAUACCAUUGUGUCUGUUGUGUGGCCAUUUCAACCUCAAACGUCAAUUCAUAAUACAACCCCUAAAGAUUCAAAACUCAA